AUGAAGUCUACAGUAUUGUCUCUUCUGAUUCUUUUGGCACUGAUCUCGAUCGUUUGGUCAGAGAUGACAUGUGCAGAGCAGUGUGCUGAGAGUUACUUGGAUACAGUACGACAACAUCCAGAAUACACAUCAAUUCAGUUGAAGACCUCAUCAUUGAAAUGCAUUCAAGACUGUCAUGAUGCAUUCAAAAAGAAGUUCUUGAAUGACUGGCAUGUUUUCUUCGAGAUUCAGCCACCAAUGAGAUGCAAUGUCAAAGAUUGUCGCUCUUCGUUCUGGAUUCACUCGGAGCAUAUUUCUGAUGAGCAUUGA